UUGACUUCCUUGCUUUCUGAGAUUGGGCUGAACAUUCAAGAAGCCCAUGCUUUUUCCACUGCUGAUGGCUUCUCCUUGGAUGUCUUUGUUGUUGAUGGCUGGGCAAAUGAGGAAAUUGAGCUGCUUAGAAAUGCACUGGAGAAGGAAAUCUUAAAGGCUAAGUUCCUUGAAGAUUUGGCAGAUUCUAAGCAAUGUAAACGUGAGAAUACUUAG